GGCGCCGGGGCCGCGGGCGGAAGUUGGGCUGCCCGGCGCUGGCGUUCCUGCCAGCACCGGCCGGCUCUGCCCGCGGCCGACGGUCGGGGAGUGGUGCGAAAGGCCGCGUCGUCUUCCCUUGAAAUGGACUCGUUGAUAGCAGCCGAGUUGAUGGGGAGCCCUUGUUGCCUGGCCACCAUGUUCCCUUCUUGGAGGCUCUCACUGCUCAGCACCGGAGGGAGUCUCCUGCUAAUAAUGUGUUCGGAGACUUGAGUACCAACUUAGAUUUGGGACAAGAAUUGGCUUCCAUGUGUAGCAAGAAAUACCUUUGUGAGAGAAGUUCUGUGAUGAGUCAGUCAGGACUUGGGACCCUGGAGGAGUGGCAUUGGUUGCCCCUGGUUUCAUCUUGGCUGAGCCAUGGCGACCCCAGAUGUGAGUGUGCACAUGGAGGAGGUGGUGGUCGUGACGACGCCCGACACCGCGGUUGACGGCAACAGUGUAGAGGAGGUGAAAACCGUGCUGGUGACUACCAACUUGGCCCCACAUGGGGGCGACCUGACGGAGGACAACAUGGAGACCGAGAACGCCGCAGCAGCUGCAGCUGCAGCCUUCACAGCCUCCUCGCAUCUCAAGGAUGCUGUCUUAGAAGUGAAGAUGGCUGAAGAGGAUGAGAGCCUGGAGGCCGAGGUGGUAUACCCCAUCACCUGUGGAGACAGCAGGGCCAAUCUUAUCUGGAGGAAGUUUGUGUGCCCCGGCAUCAAUGUGAAGUGUGUCCAGUACGACGAACAUGUCAUCAGCCCAAAGGAGUUCGUCCACCUGGCCGGGAAGUCCACCCUGAAGGACUGGAAGCGGGCCAUCCGCAUGAAUGGCAUCAUGCUCCGGAAGAUCAUGGACUCUGGGGAGCUGGACUUCUUCCAGCACGACAAAGUCUGCUCCAACACCUGCCGCAGCACCAAGAUUGACCUAUCAGGGGCCCGCGUGUCCCUGAGCAGCCCAGCGUCAGCUGAGUACAUCCCGCUCACACCAGCUGCGGCAGACGUGAAUGGCUCUCCCGCGACCAUCACGUUCGAGACCUGCGAGGACCCUGGAGACUGGACCACAUCAAUCGGGGAUGACACGUUCGCCUUCUGGCGGGGACUAAAGGAUGCAGGGCUGCUGGACGAGGUCAUCCAGGAGUUCCACCAAGAGCUGGCGGGGACCAUGAGGGGCCUGCAGCAGCGUGUCCAGAACCCCCCACUGCAGCUCCGAGAUGCAGUCCUCCUCAACAACAUCGUGCAGAAUUUUGGGAUGCUGGACCUGGUGAAGAAGGUGCUGGCCAGUCAUAAGUGCCAGAUGGACCGGUCCCGAGAGCAGUAUGCCCGUGACCUGGCAGCUCUGGAGCAGCAAUGUGACGAGCACCGGAAGCGGGCCAAGGAGCUGAAGCACAAGUCCCAGCACCUGAGCAAUGUGCUCAUGACGCUGACACCCGUGGCCCUGCCACCGCCUGUGAAGCGGCCCCGGCUGGCGCGUGCCACGUCAGGGCCAGCUGCCAUUGCCUCCCAGGUGCUGGCGCCGUCGGCACAGAUUGCCCUCGCCCAGGGUGUGCCCGUCUCCCAGCUGGCCAGCGUGCCGCUCAGCAAAGUGGUGUCUGCCCUGCCUGCCCCUGCCCUGAGCAAGGGCCCCCUGCAGGCCCCGCCUGCCAGUGCCCCAGCCUCCCCGCUGCUGGGAGGCUACACGGUACUAGCCUCCUCAGGCGCCACCUUCCCCAGCGCCGUGGAGGUACACCCGGACGCAUCGAGCCUCACGGUCUUGAGCACGGCUGCCCUGCAGGAUGGCAGCACGGUGGUCAAAGUGGUGAGCCCACUGCAGCUGCUCACGCUGCCCAGCCUGGGCCCCACCAUGCAGAACAUGGCCCAGCUGUCCCCUGGAGGCGGCACGAUUGUGACAGUGCCCACAGGGGCCGUCGAGGGCACCAUGGCCACCCCAGGGCCCGAGGAGCACACAGCCACCAUUGAGGUGGCCGCCAUGGCAGAGGACCACGAGCAGAAGUAGUGGAUGUGGCCAGCCCUCUUGUGGGCAGACAGGCCGCCUCUCCUGGUGCACAGGUGCUGGUGUACGCAGCGGCAGUGGGGGUCAGGGUCACCGAGGGCUGCUGAACCAAAGAGAGGAAAUGCCAAAAGAGAAGUCAGGAAGAGAAAAGGUGCACAGACACCAUCUUGUGAGCUCGGUCUGCAAGGCCCAAAUCCUCCCCUUUUUCUUGGGAAAUAUAUUUUUCCCCCUGUUGCUUAUUAAUGCUGUUUACACGUGGGCUUCAGCAGACCCAGCAGGAGGCGCCAAGCAGGAGGAUGAGGGAUGGGCAGGUGGCAGCUGGGCCAGGAGUGGAGCCCUGAGCUCUGCACAGCCCUAGCAGCACUGCCCCGCUGGGCCCCAUGGGGCCUGAGCCGGCCAGGGAAGGGACUAUAUGACACAUGUCUUGGGAACCGAGCCCAAGUGUGGACACUGGAUCCUAUGGAUUUGGUUCUUCCCUGUCUGUCGGCUGCAGUGUGGCAAGGUGUCCUCCACUCUGAGGACCCCUGUGGCCAGCAGGGCCCUAUGUGCUCAGGGCCUGGGGCCGUGACCCCAACAGAAAGCUGUGGGAUGCGCCUCCGUCCACCACUGCACAGAAACUGUAUUUUUAAGUGAAUUUCUUAGGCUUUUAGGAAGAGUGAAAACAUAUGCAUUGUCGACCAAAACCAUGCUGAGUGCCUCCCGCCCUUGUCCCUCUGGCCUCACGUGCUGUAGGGAGCAGUCUCGGUGCUGGACCCUCAGGUGCCAGGCGAGCUCUGAGGUGGGAGCUCUGUUUCUCUGCUCGCCCGCUGCCCUGAGCUGGGCCUCCCGGGCGUCAUCAACAGAGCCAGUAGGAGGUGGAGGGUUCAGGUGGCACAGUGCCCCCUCAGACCUGGGGAGGCCCUGGGGUCAUGCUGCCAUCUGGCUGAACUCCAGAGCCAGGGCGGCAGGGUCUGCGUAGUGGUUGUACUCCUGAGUGGCAUGGCUUUCUGCCUCACAGCCCUUCAGCGCCUUUCCUGCUGGGUGGUGAGGCGGGGGACACAUUGGGGAGCAGCAAGUUUUACUGAGAACCCAGGUCUUGUGCUGUUUCCACAGCAUGUUGUGGCCACUGGCCAUUGGGACAGGCCCAAUGCCCCAUCUCAUGGCUUUGCAGGGUGGUGUGACAGUCACCCUGCACACGAGGUUGUCCUGUUGCCUGUGGCAAUCUGGCGUUCAUCAUCUGUCCAUCUUCCCGUCAUCCAUCCUUGCAUCCACCUGUCCCGCCAAGUGUUCCAGACCUGUGUCAGCCUGCCUUGUGACCCAGGCCCUGUCCCCCAUGUCAGGCUACUGAAGUUUUGCCUUUUUUGUUUGUUUCUGUUACAUUUUUGUCUUUGUUUUCAUAGGUCAGGUGGUGUCAGGGUGCUGUUUACUUGACUUGGUUAUGUACAUGUUCAUUUCCUAAAACUCAGUUUUACCGGACUCGAGAAUCCUGUUACGUGUGGUCCCAGGCCCUGUAAGGCGACGGGUCUGCUGCCCCUCCCCUGCGCCCGCAGCAUACACCAGCUCAGACCAUGUUAAAAACCGUGCUGCAAAUAAAGAUGCUUCUCACCCUUGGAA